AUGGCGGGACUUCUCUCAGGCAAGGUAGUGUGCAUCACUGGCUCAUCUCGCGGUAUCGGCCGAGCGUGCGCGGUCGAGUCCGCUAACCAGGGCGCACGGGGCCUUGUCUUGCACUACUUUGGCGACGCGGUGACAGAGGCGGAGAUCCGGACGCUGGAGGAGGAGGUGGAGAAGCGCUUUGCGGGCUGCAAGGUUGUCACAACGCCCGGUGACAUAGCCGACCCCGCCACUUCGUCCAAGAUCGUCGAAGUGGGUGUCGCAGCGUUCGGUCGCAUAGAUGUACUCGUUAGCAAUGUUGGGAUAUGUCCCUUCGCAGAAUUCCUGACGAUGCCCCACGCUACCUGGGAACGCACACGAGCGGUAAACCUGGAUGGCUCAUUCUUCAUAACCCAAGCGAUUGCGAACCAAAUGAAGUCUCAAACACCUCAGGGUGGAUCUAUCAUUGGCAUCUCGUCUAUAUCCGCACUCGUGGGCGGUGAAAUGCAGUGCCAUUACACGCCAACCAAAGCUGGCAUCUUGUCGCUCAUGCAGAGUUGUGCGGUGGCCCUAGGCAAGUACAACAUCCGCGCCAACGCGAUAUUGCCUGGAACGAUCGCGACGGACAUCAACAAGGAAGACCUCUCGGACGACGUGAAACGCGAGGGUAUGAUUAAACGGACAUGUCUAAACCGCCUCGGUCAACCGGACGACAUUGCGGGACCCGUUGUCUUCCUUGGUAGUGACCUGGCCAAGUAUGUGACAGGGGCGUCGCUACUUGUAGACGGAGGGCUCUUUGUCAAUCUGCAGUGA